AUGGGGCUCCUCAACAUCUUCACCAUGGGUGAGCUGGUGGCAAUCACCAUGGCGGUGCUGCAGCUCAUCCUGGUCACUGUCAUGCUGCGGGACAAGUGUCUGUGGAGGAUCCAUCACAACUCGAAGCAUCCAAGCACAGCGAAAGGCCGGCUGGAGGGGCAGAGCAACGUGGACAGGGCACAGACAUCAGCAGACAUGGGGCUGCCCCAUGGCAGCUCCCCACGCAGCUCCAUGAGCUCCAGCAGGCGUUUCCCCCGGUUCAUCCGCAGCUGCCGGGACUCCCAGGAGCUCUUCGAGGAGCACCGCAAGGAGCUGGAGGCACAGCUAGCCCAGUGGCGAUGGGGCAGGGGGAGUGGCAGGGUGGUCCACACUGAUCUGCAUGCUAUGCCAAGGCUGCUGGGGGCCAGAGAGUGUCCCCAGCGCCUUGGAGUGGAGUUGGCAAGGCCAGACAUGAACAAGGUGACAGAAGAGGUCAAACAGAAGAAUGGGUCGGGGGCGGAGCCCAAGACCCGCUGUCCAGUCAGCGCUGCCGACGCCUCAGCGAGCCCGCCAAUCAGCGAGCCCGCCAAUCACGAGCUGGGCGGGGAUUUAAAAUGGCAGCGGAAAGAGGAGCUCUUUGACCUGUCCGGGCGGUCUCUGUGGAUGCGUGGCUUCUGCGGGGCGGGGCCGGGCCCGACUCGGGUGCGCGGGGCCCCAGUGCGGCUGCGCGGGCCAGGUCCCCCUUCAAGCGCGGCCGAGCCGGUCCCGGCCCGCUCCAUUCGGGAACGCUCGUGCUGGGAUGCGGCGGGAUCCUCGUCCGAGCGCUGUGCCGAGCGCGACCCAGGGACCGGCCCCGGUGCUGCCCGAAUCCUGAGGCGCUCAGGCUUCUUCAUCAGACCUUUCUACAAGAUGAUGCUGGGGAAGCCCAUAACCCUGAAGGACAUGGAGUCAGUGGAUAGUGAAUACUACAACUCUCUGAAGUGGAUCCUGGAAAAUGACCCCACCGAGCUGGAUCUCACGUUUUGCAUAGAUGAGGAAAACUUUGGGCAGACAUAUCAAGUGGACCUGAAGCCCAACGGGUCCGAAAUCAUGGUAACAAAUGAAAACAAGCGGGAAUACAUUGACCUGGUCAUCCAGUGGCGAUUUGUCAACAGAGUGCAGAAAGAAAUGAAUGCCUUUCUGGAGGGAUUCACAGAACUGCUUCCUAUCGACCCGAUUAAAAUUUUUGAUGAAAAUGAGCUGGAGUUACUGAUGUGUGGCCUUGGUGGCGUGGAUGUCAGCGUCUGGAGACAACACACCAUCUACAAAAAUGGUUACUGCCCAAAUCACCCUGUUAUCCGGUGGUUCUGGAAGGCUGUGCUGCUGAUGGACGCUGAGAAGCGGAUCCGGCUGCUGCAGUUCGUGACCGGGACGUCCCGCGUGCCCAUGAACGGGGCAGGACAGGGGCGGGACCGGGCAGUCCCAGAAGGCAGAGCCCGGGAGGAACCGGGAUGAAGCGGGGCGGGCCCG